AUGGAAGCAUCCAAAGUCCCAUCCCACUCACUAGAGAUCUCAGAGUCAAGCUUUCCGCUUAUCAGCUUCGACGAAGAACGAGCGUCUGAAACCACACUUCCUUUCCUACAUCCCAAACCUGGACAUCGCCUCUUAGCCGCUAUCCCCCGCUUAGUGGUUGUCGCUUUCGCUAUUUGGGGUUUUCUGUCUCUUCUUGUCACACUAACACAGAACAUAACCCCUGGAAAGGUCGCUCUUGAUAUCUAUAGACCUACCACACUACCAACGAAUUACAAUCUAUGCGAUUGCGGGACCACGAUCGCCGAAGCACGUUCCAGAGGAUGCAAAUACGACUCAAUGGGAGCAUCCUGGCUGCCCAAGUAUUGCCGGGACGAGGAACUGACUGCCGAGUUCGAACAGUCGGGGACUGAGCCGGACAACACCUGGCCUUACUACGCCGACGCAAACGGAACGCACCGAAUCAGCAUUGACGAAAUCGCGGCAUCAGGAAAGGGCAGUUUCUAUGCCACACGAUACUGGCACGUUGCUCAUUGUCUGUUCUACUGGGAAAAAUAUGUUCGCAUGCGACAGACUGGGGCAGUGAUGGAGGCUCGGUUUGAUAGCGAAAAGCACACGCAACACUGUCGUAAGCUUGCUCUGAAAAAGAACGCCAAUCCUGACUUACUGAUCGAGGUUGAGGUGGUUAUGAAUUCAGCUGUCGAGAUUGUCGAUCAUGAGCAUGAAAACCACUGA